AUGUGGUAUAUAAUCGGAUAUGUGACCAGAGCGGUAGAGCGUACUUUCAUCUUGUUUGUGUCGCCAGGCCCUGAAGAGGCCGCGUCGGCCAUCAGCGACCUCACCACCGGGUACGUCAAGGCAAAUCAAGCGAGAGUGGAUGCGAUACACUCCGCUAGUGUACAGAAUCUGAGAUAUACCAGCGGUAUUCCAGCGAUUCUCAACGCAAUAUACCAAAUCGAUAAUAUCUCGGAAGAAGAUAAGUCUAUAUACUCAAUCUUUGCGCUGUCAACACUUGUAGCAUACAAUCGAUCACGCUCCCAUCAGCUUAAGAAUGGGUCGUCUGUUUCAAAUAGCAUAGAUGACAUCGAACGACGUAUGUAG